UUUGGCUGCUUCGGUAGGGCGGGACCGUAAUCUUUGUGGCCCGAUUUCUCAGAUUUUUGUCCCAGGCGGUGAGGUUUUCCGUGUCCGCACUCUCGUGGAGAAGGCCGGAGAGUGGUGUUCCCAGCGACACAACCAAUGGUGGGAGCCGCCAGUGGUGCUCACAGCUCCCACGUGGGAAUGACGCUCGGAGUCGCCACAGGAACCCACGCCAGGGCCGGGACAGGGACCGCCAUUCCUGCAGCGGCUUCUACUCCCGCCCCGCUCAGCCCACAGAGUGCAAUGGCGGCGCCCCCGCUGAGGAGACGAGCUGAGGUUGGCGUGACCUUUGAGGACAUUGCCCUGUACUUCUCCAGGGAGGAAUGGAGCCUCCUUGAUGAGGGUCAGAGACAGCUGUACCUGAAUGUGAUGCUGGAGAACUUUGAACUUCUGUCCUCCCUGGGUAAGACCCUCGCUGUCACCAGUGACCUGGACUUGGCUUUGCCAUUUCCCAGGCCCUAUCCCCCAGGGUGUGCUGUGUCCUCCCAUGUAGACUGUGGUACUGAUUGA